AUGCCACUCUACCCCUCUCCCCUACCAAACUGCAUCACCUUCGGGAUGGAAAGUACACUACCCCCACAGCUAAGUUCAUUAAUCGUGAACUCACCAAGCAACAAGCAGAACAGCGGGCCAGAGUCACCCGCCUUGAGGAAGAGAACAUCAUUAACAGUGCCCUCAGAGAGGAAUGAUGCCAGGACCCAUAUGCAUUUUGGAGCACCUCUCUCAAACCAUGCAGCAGAACCCCCUCCCUUACCAAAGAACUACAGGACAAACCUUACUCCCCAUCCCUCGAAUCUCCAUCUGCAUUGUCUGGCCAGAGACAGACUAAGAAUGUGGCAUCCAGCAGGUACCAACCCAAGGCAAGUGCAGCUUGCAGCUGCCCCAGCAGAGACCCAAAGCGAUGAGGUCACAGACGCCCAGUUAGAACACAUACUGGACGUCAUGGGGUCGUCUUGGGUGCAAUCAACCAAGGAAACCUAUUGUGCUGGUCUGUUAGUCUUCUAUGUCUUCUGUGAUAUGAACAACAUCGCAGAAGACCAAAGAUGCCCGGUCAAUCCAACGCUCCUACUCAGUUUCCUAUCCAGUUGCGCAGGAUCCUAUUCGGGUUCAGCACUCACCAACUUUGCAGCAGCUAUCAGGGCCUGGCACAUGCUACACAGCAGGCUGUGGCUAAUCUCCCACAGCGAGCUAAAAACCCUGCUUGAAGGAGCCAAAGCAGUAGCACCAGAAUCAUCCAAACUGCCAAAAUGCUUACCCUUCACCCCAGAUAUCCUUUCGUUCAUAUGCAACCAUUUAAACCUUAAUGAUCCGUUAGACGCAGCAAUCUUUGCCUGCCUAAGAACAUCCUUCUACUGUAUAGCAUGGCUAGGCAAGUUUACCAUCAAAACCAUCAAAGGUUUUGACCCAAGAAAGCAUAUUGCGAGAUCCAGCAUAUCAGAAUCUUUUGCUCGGCACAGCAACCCUGUAACCAAAUUCCAUAUCCCAAGCACCAAAACCUGCCCUACCACAGGAGAGGACACAUUUUGGGCAGCUCAAGAUGGACCGUCAGAUCCAAAAGCUGUGUUAGCUAAUCAUUUUUGGGUAAACAAUGCUAGUAGUGAUGCACCAUUAUUCGCAUGGAGACAUCCUAAAGGUAUCAGACCUCUAUCAAAAGCAGAACUCGUCAAAAGGAUAGCCACAGUAACAGCUACCGCAAACCUCCCGAACCUCAAAGGACAUGGACUGCACAUCAGGGGAACGCUAGAGUACCUGUUAUGCAGGAUCCCUUUUGAUGUAAUGAAGUCAAUGGGUAGAUGGUCCAGUGACACAUUCACACUGUACCUCAGAGACCAUGCCCUAAUACUCGCACCCUACAUGCAAGCAUCACCAGCACUAGAACCAUUCAUGCGCUACACACAGCCCCCAUUGUGCUGA